AUGAGAUAAGAAUCGUGCAACCGGGUUGAACAUGGACGCGUCCUUGAGCCAUGCUGCUGCUGCGCAGUGGUAGUGUGGAUCUCAAUCCUAUGCGCACCAAGGACGAAUUUUGUCCCCUUCAUAUUCCUGUCUUGUAAGGAUAGUCCUGAGCGAUGUUUUGAUACAGCAAAGCACGCAGCCUAUGUUCGAGGUGUUUUGGAUUCGGGUUCUAGUGGUGUAUAUAACGUCAGAAUGUAUCGAGGAGGAUCGUCGGGGAGCAGUGGGGAUGGACACCUCCCCGUUUUCGUCUUUCCAUCGUCAGUUACAUUUUUCACGGACGAUACUGCAACUCAUAAACAAGUCCUGACACUCUACAACCCAUAUGACUUCCCUCUCAAAUUCAAAGUGUUAUGUACAGCACCAAAGAAGUAUGCUGUGGUUGACCCAGAAGGUGUUAUCAAAGCAAAAUGCUGUGUGGACUUGGUAGUACGACACAGUUCUGUCACUCCUGCUCACAUUAACAUCACUGACAAGUUUAGAAUCCACGUCUAUGAGCAUGGGAACCGGCAAGUUCACGGAUGGAAGGACAUUCCAGCCACACUUACGGCCGGGCAACCAGAGGUCCUGGAACCAACUACAGACAGUGAGAUCCAGUUUGGUGCUCUUGAGGGAUCAGCUGACCCACAUCGGAGACAGUACCGUUUCCAUGAACGUAGGGAACUUGGUGGAUUGAUGGGAGAGAGGGGAGGGGGACGUUCCAACAUGGUGGCCAUCUUGGUUGGGGUGGUGUGUGUGGUUGCCCUUCUUCUCCCCACUGAGGGUGAGACUCCUGCUUCUCCUGGUCAGGCUUCACACUCCCUCCUGGCACUCUUACCACCUUAUCUUCACCUAUCUCCUAAUCAGAAGCUCAUCUUUGCCUACACUCUUGGUCUAGUCACAAUGGUGAUCUUGAGGAUAACAUGAUCCCAGCUUCUCUCCUCAUUUACCUGCUCAGGGUCAACUGCCUAUGCAAUCUUACCAUCUUAUCUUAUACCAUCAUAUGCAUGUGGUGAUUCAUUUCUUUGUAUUUGAUUCUGCCCAUUCCUUGUGGCAGCUGGCACUACAUCUGAGGCCUUGUGCUUCCUGGAAGUUCAUGCUGGUGUCUUCUGGUUUCAGUGGAGAGAAACCCCCUUUCUUCCCUAGCCUGUGAUCACAUAUCUUUUUCUAAAUCCCAGUUUCAGCAUUUCUGUGAUGGAAGCUCAUGGUGGAAAGACAUUGGUAUACAUGUCUUGCUGUUUAGCCAGAAUGCUGUUUUAUCUAUAUCUCUCAUCUGACAUGUCUGUGGGUUCUUUAUUUCAACUUUUUUUAGCAGGGGAGGAUUAAGCUAAUGCUGCUCCUGGUUGUAUUCAUGCUUAGAUGUGAUAGAUGAAAUAAAUAAAACUGCUGUGCAGGG